AUGCUCUUCUCUCGCAUUCCUCUCUUCGCAACCCUCCUCAGCGCGGCCACUGCUUGGGAAGCCACCUUCUACAAUGCUCCGGACUGUGAUGCCAAUGGUCUGACCAUCUACCGCUCAAUGACCUCAGACGCAUACGAUGCCUGUGUUGAACUUGACGGCACCCUAUACUCCAAUGUCGAAUGCCGACAAUACAUCAAUGGCGGUGCUUCCAAUUCAGCAUGCACUGACGACAACAUCUUCCCAAUCUCCACUCUCUUCACAUACGACGGCACCUAUCGUUGCCGCUCUUUCUAUGCUGCUGGCUGCGAGGGACUGUACGACGAGCAGUCAAAUCAUGUAGUCGGCGCAGCUUAUGAAAAGGAAUGUGUGUCUUAUACUAGGCAGUACAAGUCUUUUAGCUGCCACAAGUUUGUUUAA